UUAACAAAAGUUUUUCUGUCUUUAAAAAAAAGAGUUGAUGAUUGGAAGUCCAUUCAGUGAAUUUCCAGAGACCAAAGGAGAACCUGUGGCAUUGGAAGCAGCGAUGAAUCAAUGUCCGUUAAAGAGGCAUAGAGGAAGCAGUUUCAUUCACUCAGUGAACCUGGAUCGAGCAGCUUGUUUGUCAGGCCCUGUUCCAGGUGUCAGAGAGACAGAGAGGAGCAGAUAGCACUGUCCUCAGUGACUGCACGGUUUUACAGACACUGUACCCAGCUGUAGGAUUCCACCGAUGUGGGUGAGGAGGACAGCUUCCUUGGGCAGACUUCUGCUCACACAUCUACCCCACAGACAUUUAGUUACUUCUCUCAGGUAUCAAGCAGUAGUGAUCCUUUUGGGAAUAUUGGACAGUCCCCGUUAACAACUGCAGCAGCAUCAGCUGGACAAUCAGGCUACUCCAAGCCCCCAACGGCUCUGCCUUUUACAACUGGAUCCCAAGAUGUGUCGAAUGCAUUUUCAUCAUCCAUUUCGAAGGCGCAAUAUGGUGCUCCACCUGCUUCACAAAUGGGAAUAAAUCCUUACCUGCCUUCUCAGCCCAGUAAUCUCCCUCCUUCGAAUUUUGGGAGCCCACCACAAGGAACACCCCAACAUGGAUACAAUCCGUAUCGCCACACGGCUGUGAGCAGCAGGGCUAAUCCUUACAUUGCACCACCGCAGCUGCAGCAGUGCCAGACACCAGCCCAUCCCUCCCAUCCUCCGCCCUCCGCGCCCCCCGUUCAGAUGUACCAGGUGCCUCCAGGAUCUUUGCCGCCGAGCCCUCCUUCGGCGCAGGCAGGGUUGCCCCCUCCAAUCCAGCAGCAGGCACCUGCCAGACCUGUGGGGCCCCCUGUGCAAGUACCACCUCCUUUUCUGCUUCAAAACCAGUAUGAACCUGUCCAGCCCCACUGGUUUUACUGCAAGGAGAUAGAAUACAAACAACUGUGGAUGCCUUUCAGUGUUUUUGACUCUUUGAAUCUUGAAGAAAUCUAUAAUUCAGUCCAGCCAGACCCUGAGAACGUGAUCCUUGGCACUGAUGGAGGGCGCUACGAUGUCUACCUCUAUGACCGGAUGCGGAAAGCCGUGUACUGGGAAGAAGAGCCAGCCGAAGUGAGACGCUGUACUUGGUUCUACAAAGGCGACACAGACAGCAGAUUUAUUCCCUAUACAGAGGAGUUCAGUGAAAAGCUAGAGGCGGAAUAUAAGAAAGCUGUAACCACAAAUCAGUGGCACCGAAGAUUAGAGUUUCCAAGUGGAGAGACAAUUGUUAUGCACAAUCCAAAGGUUAUUGUUCAGUUCCAACCUUCCUCAGUGCCUGAUGAAUGGGGGACCACACAAGAUGGACAGACAAGGCCUAGGGUUGUAAAGCGUGGAAUUGAUGAUAACCUUGAUGAAGUUCCUGAUGGAGAAAUGCCUCAGGUUGACCAUUUGGUGUUCAUGGUACAUGGCAUUGGACCUGUGUGUGACUUGCGCUUUAGAAGCAUUAUUGAAUGUGUGGAUGAUUUUAGAGUGGUUUCUCUCAAAUUGCUGCAGACACAUUUCAAGAAAUCUUUAGAUGAUCGGAAAGUAAGCAGAGUGGAGUUCCUUCCAGUUCACUGGCACAGUUCCUUGGGUGGAGAUGCCACAGGUGUUGACAGGAAUAUUAAGAAAAUCACUUUACCGAGUAUUGGUCGAUUUCGUCACUUUACCAAUGAGACCUUGUUAGACAUUUUAUUUUACAACAGCCCCACCUACUGUCAGACGAUUGUGGAGAAAGUGGGAUUGGAGAUAAACCGUCUGUAUGCACUCUUCAUGAGUCGGAACCCUGACUUCAAAGGAGGGGUCUCCGUUGCUGGUCACAGCUUAGGCUCUUUAAUAUUGUUUGACAUCCUGUCUAAUCAAAAAGAUUUGAGCUUAUCAAAGUCUCCUGUGCCUUUAGCUGUUGCUAAUGGAGUUUUGAAGCAACCACAUUUUCAGGAAAAGCAGAUACCCGAAGAACCAAAGCUGACGUUGGAUGAGUCUUGUGACCUUGAUGUUGAAAAUGAAGAAGUCCUGACUUUGCAAGAAACUCUGGAAGCACUUAGUCUCUCUGAAUAUGUUAGCACUUUUGAAAAGGAAAAGAUUGAUAUGGAAUCUCUGCUUAUGUGUACAGUGGAUGAUCUGAAGGAAAUGGGGAUACCACUUGGACCCAGAAAGAAGAUAGCUAACUUUGUAAAACAUAAAGCUGUCAAACUGGAAGAGAAAAAAGCAGCAUCGGAAAAGAAGGCAGUGGUGGCCACGUCGACAAAAGGACAGGAGGAAAGUGCUCAGAAAGCUAAAGACGUGGCUUCUCCUCCCUCAGACGCGAACGAGGCCAAGAGGAGGCUCCCGCUGGGAGCGUCCGUCUCCUCUGUGCGUGUUGAUUAUGAGGCCUUUGAAGUUGGCACCGGACAGGUUUCUGUUGUUUACAGCACCUUAGACUUUGAACCAGAGAUUUUCUUUGCCUUGGGAUCUCCAAUUGGUAUGUUUCUCACUAUUCGAGGAGUGGAUAGGAUAGAUGAAAACUACAGGCUUCCUACCUGCAAAGGAUUCUUCAAUAUUUAUCACCCACUUGAUCCAGUGGCGUAUCGUUUAGAACCUAUGAUUGUACCAGAUUUGGACCUAAAGGCAGUUCUCAUCCCACAUCACAAAGGCAGGAAAAGACUUCAUUUAGAGCUGAAAGAAAGUCUCUCUCGGAUGGGGUCUGAUCUGAAGCAGGGUUUCAUCAGCUCUCUGAGAAGCGCCUGGCAGACACUGAACGAGUUUGCCCGUGCUCACACCUCUUCAGCUCAGUUGCAAGAAGAGUUGGAGAAGGUAGCCAAUCAGAUCAAAGAAGAGGAAGAAAAGCAAGUAGUUGAAGCAGAAAAGAUUGUUGAAAGUCCAGAUUUUUCCAAGGAUGAGGACUACUUAGGAAAGGUUGGAAUGUUGAAUGGAGGCCGUCGAAUUGACUACGUUCUUCAAGAAAAGCCAAUAGAGAGUUUUAAUGAAUAUCUUUUCGCUCUUCAGAGUCACUUAUGCUAUUGGGAAUCAGAAGAUACUGCUCUGUUAUUACUUAAAGAAAUUUAUCGAACAAUGAACAUUAGUCCAGAACAGCCCCAGCAUUGAUUGGACUUCAGCUUCACAGUAUUCUCUUGUCUUUACAGAAGCUUGCAGUCUAAAUUACAGUGCCGAGAAAAUCCUCGGAGGACAUUCCCAGUCCUCUCCUGGGCUGGCUGACAGAGAAGUGAUGCAUCAACAGUUCCUGUGCUGUCCUUCUCAGAUGUAGGGGUUCAUUUAAAGAAAACAUGCAGAACAAAAAGACAAUGAAAAAAAUCAGUACCGCAUUUGGACUGUGUAGAUGAGAAAAAGAAAUGUUUAAAAUGAUGCAGUUUAAAAUUCCUCAGAUCAGUUUAAUUGUAUAGUUGUCAAAGUAAUAUGUGCUAUCAAUGAAGAAUAUUUGUCGCAUGCAAACGGUUGUUUCUUUUUCCUAAACUGUUGUCAGUGGUCUAUUAAACUUGCAUUUUUAAAUUAAUGUAGUAUGUUCUACAGACUUCUCAAGAAACUAUAAUAAUACAGUUUUUUAAAGAUUUAUGUUCAACUUUUUAAAUGUGAAUUAUAGUUUGGGCUGCUUUAAUGCAGGGUUAUUUGUAUUUGUUAAGCGGAAGUAACCAAAAUCACUGCUGUUCCAAGCUCCACUGUGGUCUUGGAGACUUCCAGGCCGUUACCAGGAUGAGAGUGGUGAGAGGAAGUGAGACACUUCUCACUUCACGGAAGUCCUGUGAAUUCUUUCCUAGCGUCGCUUCCGCUAGCAGCGGGGAGCAAGCAAGAAGUUUCUCCAUUUUAUCAACUAUGGUAGCUGUGCAAUCGCCUUAGUGCUGAAGUUGCAGUUAAUAUGAGAACCACAGUAGAAUUUUUUUGGGUUUUGGGUUUUUUUGCCUUCUAUUAAUUUCACUUAUACCAAAGUAUUGGAAAGUAUGAACUGUAUGAACUUCUAGACUGUAGCUCUAUUUCAUGAAAAGACUGUUCUGUGAUAUUUUACUUUGUUUUACUGUAACUUCAGAUUAUCUAAAUAUUUUCCUAAUACUACAUGGGAAUGCUGAUUUGCUUUUGUUAUGCAGUAGGAACAUUUUACACUGUUUACAUAGUUCUCAUGGAACAUAGAAUUUUUUGAAAGUCACAUAUGAUACACAUUUUUUGUGUAUAUAUAUUAGUGUGAAUAAAACAGUAACAUCAGUGCAUUUUUCUAAAGCAGAAAACUUCUGUAAUUUUCUUGUCUUCCUUAAAAGUAUUCCUUUGAGUUCAGUGUUUAUUUACUUUUCAUUGUGAGCACCUGCUCUAUAGUUAAUGUCUAACUAUAGCAUUUGCUCCUAAUAAUAGAAUUAGGACAGUAGAGUUUUUGAACUGCAGCUGACCCCAGACAGCAUCGUUUCCACAACCUUAUUCUGCAUCCAAGGACACGACACUGAAUGCCUUUGUCAGGCUGCUGGUGGCAGGUCUGGGCUGGAGUACAGUUCCACCCACUCCCUUUUGGCCUUCAUUUCUCGACACCAGUGCUAUUACUUUUCACUUAAUUUCCUCCUAACUUCCCCAACCGAUGAAAUAAAAAUAAGAGUUAUUUAUGUAUAUUUUAAUAAAAUCCAGUUUGAUUUUUCAACUUA